AUGUUGCAGCUCGGAGGUUUCGUGUGGUCCCUGCGGCCCCAUAUCAGGCGCUAUACGGCUGCUGCAAGACCCACACUCGUUUCGAGCCAGCUAAGGGUGGAUAUACACCCUGUUGCACCCGUGGUGACGAGGUUUGCGCCCUCGCCGACCGGGCUGCUGCAUCUUGGGUCUUUGAGGACUGCGCUGUACAACUACCUGCUGGCCAAGAACACUGGUGGGAAGUUCAUCCUGCGGUUGGAGGACACUGACCGCAAGCGGUACCAUGCGGAGGCAGAGCAGAACAUAUUGGACACUCUGGACUGGUGCCACAUCAAGUGGGAUGGGCCCAUGUAUAGACAGAGCGACCGGGCCCGCGAGGGACUCUACACUCGGUACGCGGAGCAACUGGUCAAAGGUGGGUUCGCUUACAAGUGCUUCUGCUCCAAGGAGCGGCUCAACAACCUGCGCGAGGAAGGGUACGACCGCCAUUGCACGCACCUGAGUGAUCAAGAGGUCAAUGCGUUUCAGGGCACUCCCUAUGUUAUCCGGUUCAAAGCUCCCGAGGUCUACGAUGCGGUCGAUGACCUUCUGCACGGGUCCGUGCGGAUCCAGCCGCGGCGGGACCGCCACGGGUUCGACGACCCUGUACUGCUCAAGUCGGACAGGUUCCCCACGUACCACCUGGCAAACGUUGUUGACGACCAUCUUAUGGGAGUCACGCACGUUAUCCGAGGCGAGGAGUGGCUGCCCUCGACACCGAAACACAUCGCCAUGUACAAGGCAUUUGGAUGGUCCGCGCCGCAGUACGUCCACAUCCCUCUGCUGACGAACGUGGACGACGACAAGAAGCUCAGCAAGCGCAGGGGGGACGCCGCCGUGUACCAAUUGAAGCAAAGCGGCAUUCUCCCAGAGGCGCUGCUCAACUUCGUCGCGUUGCUCGGGUGGUCCCCGCCAAGAGAACUUGCGAACAAGACCCACGAAUGUUUCACCUUGGACCAACUCGUCAGACUGUUUAACAUGAACCACUUGACCAGAGGGAACGUCAAAGUGGACAGCAAGAAGCUCUGGUUCUUCAACAAGCACUUCCUACAGGAGAGGCUCAAGAACGACAUCGAAUUGGAACCGCUCGUCGACCGGACCAACAAGGCCGUCGCUGACAGAUUCAGAUCCAGUGACAGAACCAAAGUCAAAAGGAUCAUUAGGGAAUGCGGCACGGCACUCAACUCGAUCGAUGAGUUUUGCGACACCUUCCACUACUUCUUCGAGAAACCUGUAUAUACUUCGGAGACAGCAGGAAAGUUCCUAGCAGAUAACAGCAACCGGGAAGUCACCACACAACUACUACACUAUCUACAAGAGGCACUGCGGGGCAACGAGAUGUCCCUUGGGGAAGCAGUCUCAGACGCAUCGCAGCGUUUCACAGUCAAGAAAAGGACCGUUUUCGAAACCCUACGAUUCGCGCUCGCCGGGUCGCUGCCUGGCGCUAAGAUCCCAGUCCUAGUGAGUAUCCUCGGGCCCAACGAGACCGCCGCAAGGCUACAAGAGGCGGCCGCAGUCGUCAAGAACAGCUACUGA